GCCUUGAGGGGUGGAGUCCUAGUGGCGGCGGCGGCGGUUGCCAGGAGCCCGCGUUGCCGCCUGAGAGACCCGUAAUAUGGCGGGGAGGAGGAGGAGAAGGCGGCGGCGCAUCGAGCUGCGCUCUGUCAGAACCAAUUGAGCCUGCUGUUUCCUGACAAGGCCCGUGGCGAGAGGAGAAAAGCCGACUGGGCCGUCGGGGAAUCAGUGCUCUUCUGUAUGCUGACACUGUUCUGUAUAAUGGGGAUUCAGUGAGCAAGACUGAGAAGGUACUUCUGCUUAUGGAGCUUAUAUUUUGGUGGAGGAAGAGAGACAAAAACCAAGAAAAUAAACAAGACAAUAGCAGAUAGUGUGUGGUUGUGGGAAGAUGGAGGAGUAUGAGGAGUUCUAUGAAAAAACUCUUGCCAGAAUCCAAGAAGCAUCACUGUCUACAGAGAGCUUUCUGCCUGCUCAGUCUGAGAGUAUUUCACUUAUUCGCUUCCAUGGAGUGGCUGUGCUUUCUCCACUGCUAAAUAGUGAGAAGAGAAAGGAACUACAACAGGAAAAGCAGAAAGCCCUUGAUGUAGAAGCCAGAAAGCAGGUUAACAGGAAGAAAGCUUUACUGACUCGUGUACAGGAGAUUCUUGAAAAUGUUCAGGUUAGAAAAGCACCUAAUGCCUGUGAUUUUGCUCAAUGGGAGAUUGAAACCAUUGACUCUAAUUCAGAAGUCAGAAACUUGAAUGUUCCUGCUACAUUUCCAAAUGGCUUGCCAAGCCCUACUGAACACUCUACUUUAGCAAAGAUUGAAAAGAAAACUGGAAUUUUGCCAUUGGAUAAUGAGGACCAAUGUAAACCUAAUGGGUUAGACUUAGCUAGAGAUUCAGAAGGAUUUAAUUCUCUGAAGCAGGGUGAUAGGUCCAAUAUUAGUCACACAGAAAAUGAAGCAUCUUCGAAGAUCUCCUCAGCAACCCCACAGGAGACUCUAGUUUCUGAUGGUCUUCUUGCAACACAUGAAGAACAGAAUCCAUCACUCUGGACAGAAGUCACCCCAGAUCCAUAUAUAAUGAGUCUUCAGAACCUGAUGAAAAAGUCAAGGGAAUACAUAGAGAGGGAACAAUCUAGACGCAGCCUGAGAAACAGUGCAAAGAGGAGUGUUAACGAGAGUCAUUCAGACAAAGAAAAUGAUGCUGUUAGAGUGAGUGACUGUGUGAGGGAGAAAGCCCCGUUGAUGGGCAAACACUGUGGCUCAGUGUUUCCCGACAAACCAAGCCUUAAUAAAUCAAACGUUCUUCUCCAGGGUGCUUCUUUUCAGGCAAGCAGCAUGACUACGUCACCUUUAGCUAGCUUUUCUAAGGUGGACAUACCUGUACGAACUGGCCAUCCCACUGUUUCAGAUUCUGAAUCUGAUUUUAAAGUCAUUCCCACUUUUAUUACUGAAAAUAAUGUUAUCAAAAGUCUUACAGGUUCAUAUGCCAAAUUACCUAGUCCAGAGCCAAGUUUGAGUCCUAAAAUGCAUCGAAGGCGUUCCAGGCCAUCAUCAGCAUGUCAUAUACUCAUAAAUAACCCAAUAAAUGCCUGUGAGUUAAGCCCUAAAGGAAAAGAAGAAGUAGUGGACAUAAUUGUUCCAGAUACUGAUGAAAAAACCAAUGUACCGGAAACUGUGCCAAAGUUACCAGUUGACUUAGGAAUUUGUUCUAACCAGGUUUAUGUUAGCAAAAAUAUAUCUGAAGCCAUAGGGGAUAUGGUUGUUGGUAAAUCAAGUCAGGUAUGUCAAUCUUUAGGAAAUCAAUUAGAAAAUAAAGUUACUCAUGGACUUGCUACUGCAGAAGGUCAGCUAACAUCUGAUGACAGAGUAGCACACAAAAUGAAUACUUCUAGUACUGUAGCACCCAAAGUGCAUGAACCACAUGCCAUCAGUCCGUGCGUAGCAGGUCACAGCUUUGGAACUGUGAGUGGUCUUAAGUCAGCCAGUACCUUAGAGAAAAACUCCUGCAAUUUACAGAUGGAACUGAAUAAGUCUUAUGAUGUAAAAAACCCGUCUCCUUUACUGAUGCAAAACCAGAAUACGAGACAAGAGAUGGACACACCUAUGGUGUCCUGUGGAAAUGAACAGUUUUUGGAUAAUAGUUUUGAAAAAGUUAAGCGGAGACUUGAUUUAGAUAUUGAUACUUUGCAAAAGGAAAACUGCCCUUAUGUCCUAACAACUGGAAUAGCUGAACAGGAGAGGCAACAUUUGCCAGAACAAAGAUACCCUAAGGGAUCUGUCUACAUUAACAAGAAUAAAAUGUUAGAAACCAGUACCAAAGAAGGUGAGGAGAUACUAAAAAGCAAGAUGUUAGCUUUUGAAGAAAUGCGGAAGAAACUAGAAGAACAGCAUGCCCAACAGUUAUCACUCCUCAUAGCUGAGCAGGAAAGAGAACAGGAAAGGCUGCAAAAGGAAAUAGAAGAACAGGAGAAAAUGUUAAAAGAGAAGAAGGUGAUUUCAGCAGAAGUCUCUGGAUUGAACAUUACCAAUGUAUCCGAGUUAGAAUGGAGGAAAAUAAGCGACUCUGGCUUGCUAGAAACAAUGCUGUCUCAAGUGGACUCAUUCCAUACUUCAAAUUUGAAUAGUUCUGGUUUCACAAGUUCUGCUUUACAAUAUAGCUUUGGUUCUGCAAAUGAAGUACCAUUCUACCUCUGGGGAUCGUCAACUAGUGGUAUGACCAAACUCUCAGUUACAAGGCCUUUUGGAAGGGCCCAAACUGGAUGGUCUCAGAUUUUUAACCCAGAAGUACAAGCAAAAUUUAAUAGAAUAACUGCCGUGGCAAAAGGAUUUCUUACUCGUAGGCUUAUGCAGACAGAUAAGCUGAAGCAGCUUCGACAGACUGUAAAAGAUACUAUGGAAUUCAUAAGAAGCUUCCAAUCAGAAGCACCAUUAAAGAGAGGCAUUGUUUCAGCACAGGAUGCAUCCCUUCAGGAGAGGGUGUUCGCGCAGCUUCGAGCUGCCCUGUAUGGCAUACAUGAUAUAUUCUUUGUAAUGGAUGCAGCUGAAAGAAUGUCUAUUCUACAUCAUGAUCGAGAAGUUCGCAAAGAGAAAAUGCUCAGGCAAAUGGAUAAAAUGAAAAGUCCCCGAGUGGCUCUUUCAGCUGCAACACAGAAGUCUCUUGACAGGAAGAAGUAUAUGAAAGCUGCAGAAAUGGGAAUGCCAAGUAAGAAAUUUCUGGUUAAACAAAAUCCUUCUGAAACAAGAGUCCUUCAGCCAAACCAAGGACAGAAUGCACCUGUUCAUAGGCUACUUAGUAGACAAGGAACCCCUAAGACAUCAGUGAAGGGGGUUGUGCAAAAUAGACAGAAGCCUUCCCAGAGCAGAGUGCCUAGCAGAGCUGCCGUGUCAGGAGCAUAUGCAGGAAAAAUCCAAAGAAAGCGGCCAAAUGUUGCGACAAUUUAAGAAGACAACAUUCAUUAGGAUAGAAAGGGAGCCACGGUUAUUGUCUGUAUUAUUUUCCCUGACCAAGACUCUCUGUUUAACCCUGGACUCUGUUUACAUAGGCAGAGUGACAUCAAAGGGCUGAGCAAUUAUCUGGUAAUUCCCGCCCCACUCCUCAUUUUCUUCUUAACCUAGGAUUGGGUGUAGACAAAUUUGUUUAGUAAUUGCCUCAUUUCUGUGCUUAACCUGUAGAAACAUAGUAUAUUUUCUGUGCCCAGAUGUCUAUGGAGACCCUUUUUGUAAACUUUACAAGGACAUUUGGACUUAUUUGUACAAAAUAAGAAAAGUUAAGACAAAUUAAUAAGUUCUAAAACAUAAAUUUCAUUCGUCUCUUCAUACUGAUUGCUAAAUUUGAUAAACAAAUUAGAUACUGUUCUAUUCAAAGGAAAAUUAUUGCACAAGUAUGUUUCUCCCUGGUUUUGUAACUUAAAGCACUUGAGGCCAUAUUCUUGGACUUAAACAUUAUAACCUCAUAGAAUAAACCCUCACCACACUCUGAUUGUGGUCACCUAAAAUCAAUGCAGUAGUAGCUGUGGGUCCCUGGUCAGAAGCACACAUUCCUGGCAGUCACAUGCUACCCAGGUACUGUUAGGAACAGCUGUGCUAGAUCUUUGCAUAGAGGGGAGCAGAUUGGGUGAAGGCAGCACAAUCUUGAAUGUAGAUUUAAGGUUGCAUUGUUAUAUCCAUUUCUGUAAAAUAAGAAUACCAUGUUGCAUGCGGUUAUGUUUUCUAUUUAGUCUGUUUUAUUUCUUCAUAGUCUGCUUUUUCUAGCAUGCUUGAUUUAGGAGAGAAUAAAGGGCUAAAUAAUAUAACACUAAUUCUGGAUUUCAAAAUAAGAUAGUAACAUUGCCUAGUUAAAAACUUGCAUUACCUAAGGGCACUGAUGUCUAAAGUGUUUUUCAUCACCUACCAACCAACAAAUGUUACCAAGAGAGAAUGGCUGUAUCAAGGAGAAUGUCACAAUUUCUAAAAAGGGCUUUGUGCUUCUUGCAUAAAAUUGCAACUGUAUAUGUUUAAUUUUUCUAACUUGAAUUUUAAUGGGGUAGUGGUAUUUUGGAAAUACAGCCUAUACAUAGUCUUAAUAUUUUAAAAAUACAGAGAUAAAGCUUUUCUGUUCCAUUUAAGAUUUAACUUUUACAUCCAGCUGUAGUUAGAAAAUAAUUCACACUGGGUGUCAACUUGAUUUUCUUUAUUGAGACUUAUUUAUUAUUGAAUGAGUGAACCAGAAAAUGAGAAAGUCAAAAAAGUCCAAGUUACCAGUUUUGUAUUUAGAGGCAAAAUAUAUCAAAUUACCUUUUCAAUGAUAAACUGUGCUUUUUCAUUCUGAAAACUCAGGAUACAGCUAAUUCAUGUCAUUGUGGGUCUCUCUGGUUAGAUGCUACAGAUUUUGUGUAUAUUGUAAUGCAAAUUAGCUAAAACAAAUAGUAUGUUUUGGAGGAAGUUAAAACUAGUUUUACAUUGAGGGUGAGAAACUUGAGUGUGUUUUAAUUUAGGGAUAAAGGUGUGUGUGUGUGUGUGUUCCAAGUUUUUUAAUGUUCACAGCUUUUUCUCAUAAAAGUGCCAGGCACUGUUUUGUGCUUUUGAUGAAGUUUUAUUUAUAUAUAUUAUUUUUAUUGUUUUUU